GGCUUCCAUUCUCUCGGAACUCGGAACAGUCGGAACAAGGAAUAACAUCAUCCAGCACUAUCAAUACUGUCACGUGUUCGUCGUGUUCAGUCAUCAGUGAUUCAGUCUGGUUCAGUCGGCCCAGGCUCCAGAGUCUAGACAGCCAGCGCUAACCUCUUUCUUUUUCUACCAUAUGUAGUUACUAUUAACAUAAAAAAACUUAUUUAUAUUAUAUCGUAUUCGCGUGAAAUGUAAAUAUUGACCGUACGACAUUUACAGAAUAUAUUACAGAAUUAUCUGCGAUAACCGUCUACACUGCCAAACAUGAAUACUUCUACAAAUCUGAAGAAAAAUAGUGUUCACUGUCAGCCAGAUGUUCAUAUGAUGGGUUGCGUGGAACGAACGCAAGGAGAUGGCAUGGAAAAUGCGAUGACAGACAAAACCGAGAUUAAACAAAGUCGAAGUCGUCUGGGAGAUACUCUUAUUUACCAUCCCACAAACCUGAAGCAAUUAGGCUCGACAGCUCCGGUCACUCCCAUUGGUACAAUAGUAAACUUGGUACCAAAAAAUAUUAGUAAUACAAAACCAGAGAAACAUAUCUUGCAUUCCUUAAAAUCAAAAGAACCAAAAUUUGUACCGUAUGAACCAUAUAAGGCAGCUGUUAAUCCAAUAGUACCAUUUGAAAAAAAGAACAAAAAAUUACCUAAGAAAAAAUCUAACUUAAAUGCCACAGUUGCGCAAAUCGCUGCGAUGAAAAUCCAAGACAACGAUGCAAGGCUGAGAGAUUGUGCAAAGGAAAGCAAAGAGAAAACAUUGAUAGACGAGAACAAUGAAAAAAAGAUGUAUGAGGCUGAGAGUCGCAAGUUGAAAGAAGAAAAUAGUCAGCUUGAAACUCAGUUAAAAUUUCAAGCACAGGUCAAUGGAGAAUUAAAGAAUUUAUUGGUUGCUGCAGUGGGAGAAGAUUUAGAAACAAGGGUUCAUCUGUUAACUGAGGAUAAAUUGCAACUUGCAAGAGCUCUCCUAAAUUCAGCCCAACAUUUGUCUACGCAUCAAGAACAAACAGAAUGGCUAGCAGGUCAAUGUGAAGUUUGGAGAAGUAAAUUUCUAGCUAGUAGCUUAAUGGUGGAGGAUUUGGCAAGAUGGAAAGCUGCACUCUGCCAAAGAACAACAGAACUGCAGGAAACUAUAAAACGACUGUUAGAAGAACAUAAUACUAUUCGUGAUACAUCGCUCAAAACAUACAGAAUGCUGACAAUCCUACGGGAAAAAUUCGAUACCAUAGGAACAACGUCUGGUAAAAAACACGAAUUAGCCAGCACCAAUAUUAUCGAUCUUGCUCAAGGAUGUUGCCAACUUUCGGAAAUUCUCAGAUUCAGUCUUCUGAGUGGUAUACCAGACUCGAAAUUGCAGAAAGAACUGAGUAUAACCGGUUUAGAUAUGAAAACGCUUGCGGAGAACAACGCAGAAAAAUUGCUGAUGAAUCAAAAAUUACCCAUGACAGGGAGAGAAGAUGUUGCCUGUACCGCGGUGAUGGGAGCGGCUGUCGCAGUUGGCGGACAAAUGUUUCUUCCACGAUGCGACGCAAAUAAUAUGACAUGUUGCUCACAUUGCAGCGGCGAAAUUAAACAGAUUUGAAAAUAACUCCACUUUUAUAUCUUCCAUACGAUAACUUUUAUACUAAAUAUAUACAGUGACUCAUUUUAAAUGACGACCUUGUAUAUUUCUUGAAUAAGGCAUUUUAGAGAAAAAUGUUUCAGACAAAAGUUUUGUGACUUCAAGGGUGACAUAAGGUGUCAUUGAUUUGAUCUUAUAUAGAGGCAUUUGAAGACUACAUAAACGUCAUCUUCAAUUUCUUAAAUAGAAACUUACAUUUUUUAUUGCAUAUUCUUGUAGCUUACCUCGAGAACUUUUCAAAACAAUAAAAUUUUUUUUCAUUAAGUAUUUUUCGAAUUAUAAAGCUGAAAUGAAAGUUACAGGUAUCAGCAUUACUCAAGGUAUACCAAGCAGAGAUUGCUCGAUCGGAUUUUGCGCGCGCACGCGCACGUAUUUUAAUGUUUUGAAAGCUCUCGAGAAAAGCUACAAGAAUAUGCAAUAGAAAAUGAAGAUUUCUAUUUAAGAAAUUGAAGGUGACUUUUAUGUAAUUUUCAAAUGACUAUCCUAAGUCAAACCAAUGACACCUUUAUGUCUCUCUUGAAGUUACAAAACUUUUAUCCGAAACAUUUUUCUCUAAAGUGCACUGGUCAAGAAAUAUUUGAGGUCGUUAUUUAAGAUGGAACAUCCUGUAUGCGUGCGUGUGUAUCGAAUAUUUUUUUUUUCAAAUCUGGUGCCAAAAUGUACAGCUGGAUUUUUUCUUUGUAGUUAAUGAAAGAAUCAUGUUUGUUUGUCAUAUUAAUAAUUGCAUAGAACUAUAAAUUAAUAUAAUUGUAUGUUAAUUUAACAAUCAAUCUGUUCUUGUAUCUAUUUGUAAGUUAAAAAAAUGAUUUCAAGGUUAAAAAAAUUUGUAAUUGCUUCACUUUACUUUUUAGUAACAUUAUUAAUUUUAUAUAUUUGUAAACACUUGCAUAAAUUACAUAAUUUAUUAAUAGUAAAUAGUGAUAUUUACUUCUUAUUUCUUAUAGUACUGAUUAGUAAUAUAAUAUUAAACAUUGCUUUUAUCGCCCAUAAUUAUGUAAUGAAAUCUUGCAUCUGUUUCCUUGUAUGAAAAUUAAGAAAUAUAUAUCAAAUAUUUGUAUA